AGCCCGAGAAAGACACCGGUCGCAUGCACGCUGCUCCAAACACUGUCUCUCUCUCUACUCGGCCAGCCACACUCUACCUGUGUGCUGCUGCUGCUGCUCCACCUCACUGCACGCUGUGCCGCUGUUGCUGCGAGCCAAGCAGCCAGCCGGUUACUUUUCAGCUCCAGCUCCAGCUCCCACAGGCCACAGUCCCACUCUCCCUUGCAAGGAGGCGAGGUAAAAGGAAAGAGGCGUCAAGAGGGGGGAGGACUCAGAGGAGACUCAGCAGUGCAAACCAACGGUCACUGCCUACCUUAGCUAAGAAUUUGGGCGUGUGUUUGGAUCCUCAGAGAGAGAGAGAGAGAGAGAGAGUCGGCGGCGAGAUGGGCUGCUGCCAAUCGCGGCUGGAGCGGCAGGAGGCGGUGUCGCGGUGCAAGGCGCGGCGGCGGUACACAAAGCACCUGGUCCAGGCGCGCCGGGACAUGGCGGCGGCGCAUGCGCUCUACCUCCGCUCGCUGCGGGCCACGGGCGCCGCCCUGCUCCAGUUCGCCACCGCCGAGGCCGAUUCCUAUCCGCGCCCCCUCCACCCGCCCACGGCUCCGCCCUCCCCCCCGCCGCCGCCUCCUCCCCCUCCGCCGCCGCCCCCGCUCCCGCCGCUAAGCCCCACCCCGACCACCACCUCCUGGACGACAACCUCUUCCUCGAUCAGCGCGUCCCAAAUCCUGCCCCCUCCGCCGCCGCCCCCAAUGCCGUCCAGCUGGGACUUCUGGGACCCCUUCGCGCCCUCAUCCUCCCGCUCCCCCGCCGACGAUGUCGACUGGGACGACGCCGCAUCCACCAUCGACGCCCCCACGGCCACCGCGCCGCCCGUCGUCACUGCCGCCGCCGCAACAGCCCCCGCCCCGGCCCCGUCUGUCGUCACCACCACUUCCACCCAGAGCGAGCUCACAGUCGUCGCCGUGCCCCGCGGAGCCACCGGGAAGAAGGACCUCGCUGAGAUCGCCACCGAGCUGGACGAGUACUUCCUCAAGGCGGCCGACGCCGGCGCCCGUGUCGCCGCGCUUCUCGAGGCCCCCAUCUGCGAGCUUCCCGAGACCAACCACAGCCUCCCAGGGAGGGUGCUGAGCUAUGGCAAGAACUUGAAGCCGGUGGGGUGGUCCUGGGGUGGAGGAGGGUAUGGAAAAGGUAGCAAUGGCUUCUCCAGGUUCGGGGGAGGAGACGAAGGGAUGGGCAAUGGGGGAGGCUGUGGAAUACUUAGCCACUCCUCCACCGUGGAGAGGCUCUACGCCUGGGAGAAGAAGCUGUUUCUUGAGGUCAAGAGUUAUGAGGGGUUUAAGCAGGAGCAUGACAAGAAGGUGGGGCUGCUGAGGAAGCAGGAGGUGAGAGGUGUGGACUACCUGAAGAUGGAAAAGAACAGGAUGGAGAUGGAGAGCCUGGAAUCCAAGAUGCUGGUGGCCACUCAGUCCAUCGACACCACCACCUCCGAGAUCAUUAGGCUGAGAGAAUCGGAGCUAUUUCCUCAGCUUCUUGAGCUGGUUGCUGGCUUGAUGAGCAUGUGGAGGGGCAUGUAUGAGUGCCAUCAAGUGCAGACCCACAUGGUGCAGCAGCUUGAAUACCUCACCAGUUCCUUGAGUACAAACCCAACUUCCAAUGCCCAUCGGCAAGCAGCUCUCCAGCUUGAGAUAGAGGUGGAUAGGUGGUACUCAGCAUUCUGUAGUCUGGUUAAGUCCCAGAGGGAUUAUGUCUACUCAUUGACCGGCUGGCUUCGCCUCUCCCUGUUCCAAUGCCAUCACAAUCCACUUAUCAAAAAUAUUCAGAACUCUGAUAUCUACAGCUUGUGUGAGGAAUGGCAGUUAGCUAUUGACCGAAUCCCCGAUAAGGUGGCUUCAGAAGGGAUCAAAACUCUCCUAACAGUGAUCCAUGCUAUUGUAGUCCAGCAAGCAGAGGAGCAAAAGGAAAAGAAGAGGUCAGAAGCUGCAUUCAAAGAAUUCGAGAAGAAGACGGAGGAACUGAGAUCCCUGGAGGCCAAAUAUGGGCCGUACUCUGCUGAAGGUCAUGGAGAAAUGACACGGAAGUUGCCGGUAUCAGAAAAGCGGGCAAAGGUGGAGACCUUGAGAAACAGGGCAGAUGAGGAGAAGAGCAAGUACCAGAAGAGCGUUGGCGUCACGAGAGCAAUGACUUUGAACAACCUUCAGACAGGCUUCCCCAAUGUUUUCCAGGCAAUGACAGGCUUUGCCAGCGUCUGCAUGGAGGCGUUCGAGUCGGUGUACAACUUCAAGCGGAGCUCAGACCGUGUCCUUGACAUGAAGAGGCUGCUGACCUGAGUGUGCCAUUGCCCCAAGUUGGUGUAGGUCACUGUAUAAAAUGUAUACAGUUGUAAACUUCUAGUGUAAUUGUAGGCUGGAGAAGUCUGAUUUACUAGCCUGGUACCUGGUUCUUACUCCAUGGCACUAGCGUAGUAGGCACAGAAAUGCUUCGAGCUCAUUUACUUGCUGUAAAUGAACUUGCGCCUUGCUUUUCCUUUUUGUGUGACGAAGAGGUGUUUUUAUCUGUUAUCGAUUCAAAAUCAGGCUGGUUUAAAGUGGUUAAUGGUCUGUGUGUGGAGACUGGAGAUGUUCCGAUUUUGGUAGCAGAUGACAGCAGUUAUUUUGUAAUGUACGGAGUAGCAUUCAGCCA